AUGGAUAUCAAUGUUGACAAUGUGGUGGACUCCGAAAUAGAGGACCUUACAGACAAUACCGAUGAUGGAAAACUAGUAUGGGAUGAUUCUCAUAUUGAAGCUUUCAUCAUCUGUAUGGAAGAAGAAGUUCAGGCUGGCAAUUGGAAUAACUCAACUUUUACUACAAAUGGUUGGAAGAAUAUACGGAAAGGCAUGACUAUCCAUACAGGCAAGAACUAUGAACCGAAACAACUUAAGAGCAAAUUCAACCACAUGAGGGUAGAUUACAGAGCCUUUAUGAGUUUGUUAGGAGAAACAGGCGUGGGAUACAAUGCUGAGAUGGGUAUGGUUAUAGUUGAAAAGGAAAGAUGGACUAGAUUGAUCAAGGUGAAUUCCCAAUAUGGAAAGUAUCGAAAGAAGCCAUGCAAUCAUUUUGAUAAGCUCACCACCAUAUUUGGAGGCACACAUGCUACAGGUGCACAUGUCCAUACUUCCUACAGUCCACCCAUUCUCAACCAAGCCCCCACACACCAUGAAGGCACACAUACCUCAUUUAACCUUAAUGAUGAUUUUGCUGAGUUAGGCGGUCAUGAGUUCAGUCCUUCUCCUGACCCUCGUGGUAAGAAACCAAGGAGAGAGAGUUUUGCCGAUACAAUGGAUCGUGUCAUGGAGAAAAUGAGUGAGACUUGUAGAGAGAAAACAGAUCGAAUUGAAAGGGCCAUAGUCGCUUCUUCAUCAUCUAAUAUGAAAACAGGGCAUGAAGUUGGGCAGGUUGAAGUCAAUUCUCCAGAUAAGACAAAGGGUGAUUUUAAAUUAUGUUGUUACAUUUUGAAUAAGUUGGAGGGCGUUGAUAUGAAACAAUAUGCUAAGGUCACCCAAAUGUUACGUAAUGAUGAACUUUGGAGUGAUUUCUCUCUUAAUGACCUUCCGGAUGAAAAGAGGAUGGAUAUUAGGACAAUAAUUGACUUGUAUGAUGAUGGUGAUGAGGAGAAUGAGUGUGUCAUCAUAAUGGCAUCUGGAUGGGAGGGGUCUACUAAUGAUUCUAGGAUAUUGAACGAGACAAUUAAUAAUGAAGAUUUGCAUUUCCCAAUGCCUCCAGAAGGGAAAUAUUAUUUGGUGGACUCCGGGUAUGCCAAUCAACCGAGUUUUUUGGCUCCUUACAGGGGCCAACGGUACCACUUCCAAGAGUACCGUAGAGCUCAUCGGCAACUCCAAGGUAGAGAGGAAAUUUAUAAUCACAGGCACUCGUCAUUACGAAAUAUAAUUGAGCGUUGUUUUGGGAUGCUUAAGAUGAGAUUCCCCAUCUUGAAGCAAAUGCCUCCUUAUAAGUUUGAAGCUCAAGUUGCUAUUAUUUUAGCUUGCUGCACACUUCAUAACUGUAUAAGAAAGGAGGCGCAUGUAGAUCCAAUAUUUAAUGAUGCAACUGUGGAGGCAAUGAUAGAUGAAAUUUUUGGAGAUGAUGAAGUUGAUGUUCAACCUAAUGUGUCGCAGUCUCACUCGCGACCAAUGGAUAUUGUACGCGAUUAUAUUGCCGAUACUAUAUGGAAUGCAAGUCAUCACCCUUGA